AUGGGCCGAAUGAUGCAUCGGUUAUACAAAACCGACAGAGCCCGCGAUUUCGACCAUGAAACUGAUCGCUAUGUGCGCAUGCAACAGAUUUACGAAACUAUCGACCGUCAAAAAUAUCAAUGGGUCGUUGUUCUCGUCGCCGGCGUCGGUUUUUUCCUCGACGGAUACACCUUAUUCGCGAGUAACAUCGCCCUGCCCAUGAUUCAAUACGUAUACUGGCACGACGAAACCAGCUCUAGAAAAAUGACGUUCAUCAACAUCGCGACGCUCGCUGGCACGUUUGUCGGUCAAAUCACUUUCGGGUUCUUGGCGGAUAAGAGGGGCAGGAAGAGGAUGUAUGGCGUUGAAUUGGUGCUUUUAAUUGUGUCUACUCUCGGAGUCACGAUGGCGUCUACCGGCGCAAACAAUAGUAUGAGCAUUUAUGCGUGGUUGAUCUGGUGGCGCAUUGCUACUGGUGUUGCGGUGGGCGCUGAUUAUCCUUUGAGCGCCGUGAUCACAUCGGAAUUUGCUCCAACCAAACAUCGUGCCCGCAUGUUGGCCUCGGUCUUCUUCAUGCAGCCCCUCGGCCAAUUGGCCGGUAACAUAGUCGCCCUCAUUGUGGUCGCCGCGACCCGCAGCCGAGUCAACUCAGACACCGUCCGCGCAGUCGACAUUAUGUGGCGCUGGGUCAUUGGCAUCGGCGUCAUUCCCGGCGUGGUUGCAUCUCUGUUCCGAUUCGCGAUCCCCGAAACACCCCGUUACUUGCUCGAUAUCGACAAUGAUCCCAUCAAAGCUGAGUUUGAUGCUACCACUUUGUUUGGGAAUGAUCAGCAACAUGUCGAGAUGGGUAGCGAGUUUGAUGCGCCGUGGGAUGGCACUACGCUCCCCAAAGCGGCCUCUUUCUCUUCCUAUGCAAGUGCCGGUGGCGUUAGCGCAUCCAUCGACGACGCGGGCAGUAUCACGCCUAACACGGAGUACACACUGCACCCACCAACCUUCCAAUCCCACUGGCGCGUUGUCUGGCACGAUGUGGUGUACUACUUCUGGAAAGAAGGCAACUGGCGAACCUUACUCGGCACAUCAAUUGCAUGGAUGCUACUCGAUUUCGGAUUCUACGGUAUUCAGCUCUCGAACCCGCAAUUUUUGGCAAAGACUUGGGGGAACCUGGAGCUUAACGGUGUCGCACCAUCUUGGAAAACUACAACCGACCCCAACGAAUCCAUCUAUUCAUCUUUUCUGCAAACAUCAGUCGAGGCAAUGGUGAUCUUGAAUGCGGGCAGUGUUCUUGGAGGGUUGUUGCUUAUCGUGUUUGCGCCGAAACUCAAUCGCGUGCAUUUGCAGAAGUAUGGCUUUUUGGCAUUGGCUUGCAUGUUUAUUGCCAUGGGUGUCAUGUUCAUUACAGUCCAUAAGGAAGGACCCGUGGCGAUCGUGUUGUACAUUAUUGGACAGACGUUGUUCAACUUCGGUCCCAACGCAACGACAUACAUGCUCCCCGCCGAGCUGUUCCCAACCCGCUACCGCGCAACUUGCCACGGCAUCAGCGCCGCAUCUGGCAAAUUGGGGUCGAUUCUGGUCGAGCUAUUCACAGUCUACUACAACAUUGGUAGUACAUCCACGGCUGUCAGCAGCACAGUUCGCUACGGUUGGAUUUUAGUAGUUUUCAGUGCCGCUAUGAUCGUCGGGUCAAUCGUGACUCAUUUCUUGAUUCCGUCCGUACAACAAAAGGGACGGCCUACGGGACGUGUGUGCAGUGACUUGUUCAACGAAAAGGAGAAGACGCUUGAGAGUCUUGCGCUGGGUCGGUUGGGAGAGAGCAGUCGGUAUGCGGUGCGGAGGACGAGAUCUGUACAUCGGUUACCGACGCGGAGGUUUUAG